AUGAGCACUACCUACUUUGAUGCAGAUUGUGAUCUCGAACCCUCAUUAAAGUCACUUUUCUAUUUAAAAACUCUAAAGUGGAUUUUUGUAGGGGGGAAAGGAGGAGUAGGAAAAACUACUACAUCUUGUUCUAUAGCAGCUAGAUUAGCAGAGGAGAGAGAGAGUGUACUAAUUCUAUCAACAGACCCUGCACAUAAUCUAAGUGAUGCAUUUGUUCAAAAGUUUAGUAAUAUCCCAACUUUGGUUAAUGGAUACAAAAACCUGUAUGCAAUGGAACUUGAUGCAUCAUACCAACAAGCAGUAGAGUUCAAGUUAAAGGAGGAGAAUAGCUUAUUUUCAAAAUUCCUCCCAGAUUUAGUUUCCGCGCUUCCUGGUAUUGAUGAAGCAUUAGGCUUUGCUACUUUAAUGCAGUCUGUUAAGUCAAUGUCUUACAGUGUGAUAGUAUUUGACACAGCCCCAACUGGACAUACUCUGAGAUUAUUAAGCUUCCCUUCCUUGCUUGAAAAGGGUUUAUCCAAGUUAUUUUCAAUUAAACAAAAUAUGUCUGGAGCACUCCAAAUAAUUAAUUCUUUUAGUGGAAAUGCAAUAGAAGAAGAGACACUUAAUUCAAAAUUGGAGGAUCUUAAGGCUAUCACAACUUCGGUAAAGGAAACUUUCCAAGAUCCAUCUAAAACAACUUUUGUAUGUGUUUGUAUUCCUGAAUUCCUAUCAGUUUAUGAGACAGAGAGGCUAAUCCAAGAGCUUGCUAAGCAGUCAAUUAGUUGUUCUCAUUUAGUUGUAAACCAAGUUAUGUUCCCAAUAGAUCUUCCAAGCGAAGGUGUUCAAGGAAACUCCCUUCUUAAAACCCCCCCUGAGUUGUUAAAAUUAGAAGAUAUCCCCUCUAAUCAUUCAGAAUUGGUUGAAUUUACCAAGAAAAUUGUUCAAAACUAUAACCAGCUACUUUCUUACUCAAAGUCACUAUAUUCAAAGUAUUAUAGUAAAAGGAACAUGCAGCUGAAAUAUUUGGAACAGAUCCGAGAUUUAUAUAGCUAUGAUUUUCAUGUUGCAUACAUCCCAACACUAAACAACGAGGUUAGGGGAAUAGAGCUUUUGAGAUACUUCGGGUCAUUGUUAUCAGAAGUAUCCAAUGUUGAGAAACUUCUAAGAAUAGAGGAUGACUUCCCAAAAUUUGGUUAA